AUGGGGGAGAAGACUUCCGACCCUGAGGCUCCAACUCUCUCCCACCAUGGGUCUUCUAUAUCUAUCGAGAAGCAAGAGGGAGAUGCGGCUACUGCUCGGGCGUGGGCUCGCGAUAUGGACAAAAGUACCACGACCAGCACUAAACUCAAGAAUCCUCUUGCAGGGUUGAGUCGAGAACAGCUUCUAAGUGACGUCGAGGCUUUCGCGAAGGAGAAAAACCUUGAGCAUAUUCUCGAUGAUCUCCGAAAGGGUGCUCUCGUCGCGCAAGAUCCAAGAGCGUUUGAGCAGAUGGACGAGUUGGUGGAGAGCGAGAAAGAACUACUUCGACGAGAGAAGACGCAUCGGUGGAGCCAGCCAUUUAUGAUGUAUUUCAUGACGAUCCUCUGUGCUGGAUCUGCUAUCGUGCAGGGAAUGGAUCAGACUGCCGUCAACGGUGCACAGGAGUUCUACUUUGCGGAAUUUAAUGUCACCGACAGUUGGCUCCAAGGCCUCCUGAACGGCGCCCCCUAUCUCUGCUCUGCCGUCAUCGGAUGCUGGACGACAGCACCUCUGAAUCGCUGGUUUGGUCGCCGCGGAUGCAUCUUUAUCUCCUGCUUUAUCUCCUUUGCCUCCUCGUUCUGGAUGGCAGCCGCGCAUACCUGGUGGAAUUUGCUGCUCGGCCGUUUUCUUCUGGGGUUUGCGGUGGGCGCCAAAUCCACCACCACCCCGGUGUAUGGCGCCGAGUGCUCCCCGGCGAAUAUCCGCGGUGCUCUGGUUAUGAUGUGGCAGAUGUGGACGGCGUUUGGCAUUAUGCUGGGGUAUAUUGCCUCUGUUGCGUUUAUGGAUGUGUCGCAUCCCACGAUCCCGGGGUUCAACUGGCGAUUGAUGCUAGGGUCGACGGCCAUUCCUCCCUUCUUUGUCUGCAUGCAGGUCUACUUUUGUCCUGAGUCGCCUAGGUGGUACAUGAUGCGCAACCGCUACGAGGAUGCGUACAAGGCACUCUGCAAAUUCCGCCCGUCCUCGUUCCAAGCCGCGAGGGACCUGUACUAUAUCCAUGCUGCCUUGCAGGUGGAGGAGAAGCUCCGCGAGGGCAAGAAUCUGUUCCGCGAGAUGUUCACCAUCCCGCGGAACCGCCGUGCGGCGCAGUCGUCUUUCUUCGUCAUGUUCAUGCAGCAGGCAGGUCAACAUUCUUCUCACCCCAUCAUCAAGCUCUAA